AUGAGUUAAUUCAGGAACUCGAUUGGGAAAAUAGCAACAUUAGCACUUCUAAUUGCUACUCAAACACUUGCUCUAGAUAAUGGUCUUGGACUAACACCAUAAAUGGGAUGGAAUACUUGGAAUAAAUUUGGAUGUAAGAUCAAUGAGAAGCUGAUUAUGGAAACUGCUGACUAUAUUGUUAAGUUAGGAUUAGAUAAAGUAGGCUACUAAUACGUCAAUGUUGAUGAUUGCUGGCUUCUAGAGCAGAGAGAUAAAGAUGGACACAUUAUUGUUGAUCCAAAAGCUUUUCCCUCUGGCAUGAAAGCACUUUCAGACUAUAUUCACUCAAAGGGCUUGAAAUUCGGGCUUUAUUCUUCAGCUGGAUAUUUCUCCUGCGAACAUCGCGCUGGAAGUAUGGGAAGUGAGGAGAUUGAUGCCAAGGAUCUAGCAAGUUGGGAAGUAGACUAUGUAAAAUAUGAUAAUUGCAAUCAUGGCGGGCAGCCUAAUUACUAGAGAUUCAAGAAGAUGAGUGAUGAGCUAAGAAAAACUGGUAGAUAGGUAUUUUUUAGUAUUUGCAAUUGGGGUGAUGAAAAUGCUCCAGUAUGGGGAAAAGAAGUUGGCAACAGCUGGAGAACGACCCAAGAUAUCUUCAAUCAUUUUACGUCUGUGGAAUAUAACUUUAACCAAAAUUAAAAGUUCGCUGAACAUGCAGGCCCAGGUCACUGGAACGAUCCAGAUAUGCUUUAAAUAGGAAAUAAUGGUAUGACUCCUAAUGAGGAAAGAUCCCAUUUUGCUCUAUGGGCAAUCGCUAAAGGUCCCCUUAUUAUGGGAAAUGAUUUGUAAAACAUAAGACCUGAAAGUCUUGAGAUUUUAAAGAAUACUGAGGUUAUAGGUGUGAGUCAAGAUACACUUGGAAAGCAAGGCUUGUGCAUGGUCAACUGUGGCCCAUUAGAAUUUAUCUGGAGAAGACCUUAAGUUAUUGCUGCACCUAUGUCCAACAAAGAUGUUGCUGCUGUAAUAAUUAACUGGAGGGAGCUUAAUCACGGGGAAUUCUCAUUCAGCGUAAAUGAAAUAGGUCUAGAGCUAAAGAAUGAUGAAGUAUAUCUUGUUAGAGAUUUAUGGGAACACAAGACAUUAGGUCCAUUCUCCUCAGAAACUUAUACAGUGCCUUCUAUUCCUGGUCAUGGUAAUCAUGCCCUUAGAUUUAGUAAAUACAAAAAAGGUAAAGAACCACAGUUUGUAACUGAAUGA